UGUGGCAGCAAAAACAAGCAUCUAAAAGAUGGCAGCAAUUUUUUCUUCAUGUCAUGCUCUUCCUCUAAUCAUCCUCUUCCUAAUUUCUCUCUUUCCCUAUCAAUCCUUUUCCCAACAGUCGUAUUUGGGAAAGGAGACGAGCUGUUCUAUCAACAACAAUUCGACGCCACAAGAAUACGUGUGGUCAUGUUCAUGUUUUGGUCAUUCCUAUCAAUAUAUCAUCGACUACACUAUUAAAAGUGGUGAUAGUUAUGAAAAGAUAGCGUAUGAUAUUUUUCAAGGCUUGACGAGCUGUUCGGCGUUGAAAAAUAAGAACGACGACUAUCCCCUUAAUAGUACUGCAGCGAUAGGCAGAAGGCUCGAAGUUCCACUGCGAUGUGCUUGUCCUACCAAAGCUCAAAAUGCUAGUAGGAUUGACAACUUGGUUGUGUAUAUGCUGCAACUAAAUGAGACCAUUGGAUCCGUGGCGAGGGCUUUUGGGGUUGAGGAGAAAAGCGUGUUGGAAGCGAAUAUGCUUUCAAAUUGGAGCCACAUAUAUCCAUUUACGCCUAUUUUGGUUCCAUUGGGUAAAGAUGACACUUGCAGAAUAUAUCCUUACGGCGAUUGCAGCUCUAACUCCAAUUCGUACCUUCUUCCAUUUAUUUUCCUAUACCUGGUCACGAUUCCAAUAGGUGGUCUAAUAACAUUAGCAUGUUGUUUCUUUUGCGGAUGCAAAGGAAAUCAACUACUUCUCAAGAAAAGAAGACGCAAACUUUAUAAGAAAAAGUUUUUCAAACAAAAUGGUGGCUUCUUAUUGCAGCAGAAGCUACUUGAAGAUAGUGAAAGAGUAAAAGUGUUUACAGAGGAAGAACUUGAACAAGCAACAGAUAACUACAGUGACAGUAGAUUACUUGGUCAAGGAGGAUAUGGCACGGUUUAUAAAGGGAUGCUCCGUGAUAACACUACUGUUGCAAUCAAAAGGUCAAAGCAAAUCGAGACAAGCUGGAUCGAACAGUUCAUCAAUGAAGUAAUUGUCCUUUCUCAAAUUAACCACAGAAAUAUUGUUAGGCUUCUGGGUUGUUGUUUAGAAACUGAGUUUCCGUUGUUAGUUUAUGAAUUUGUUCCUAAUGGGACGCUUUCGCACCAUAUUCACGAGGAAAAUCUUGAAGAUUCACCUCUUUCAUGGGAAGCUCGUCUUAGAAUCGCUUCUGAAGUUGCAGGAGCUAUAUCUUACAUGCAUUCUGCUGCUUCAAUUCCUAUCUAUCACAGAGAUAUCAAAUCUUUAAACAUACUUUUGGAUGAUAACUUUAGUGCAAAAGUUUCUGAUUUUGGAACAUCUAGAUUUGUGUCAUGUGAUCAAUCACAUCUCACUACGAAAGUGUUGGGAACUUUUGGAUAUAUAGAUCCGGAGUACUUCAGAUCAAGUCAAUACACUGAAAAGAGUGACGUAUAUAGCUUUGGAGUAUUAGUGGUGGAACUUUUAACUGGGAAGCUACCGGUUUCUUUUGCAAGGGAUGAUGGUAGAAAUCUGUUAGAUCAUUUCAUUUCAUUGGUAAAGACUGAUCAGCUUAUCGAAAUUUUAGAUUUUAUAGUAGCCACAGAAGAAAUUAUGGACGUUGUUAACCAUGUUGCUACACUUGCCACAAAAUGUUUAAGAUCAAAUGGGAAGGAAAGGCCAACGAUGAAACAAGUAUAUUUGGAACUAGAAGGAUUAAGGAAGUCUCAAGAUUGUCCAGAAAUUAGCGAAGAAGUUCAAUCAAUUCGAACUUCUUCAUCGUUCUCUCGAGAGGAUGGGGAUGACGACGACCUUACAGAUGAUAGUACCAUCAUAUCCAUUGAAACAACCAUAGCAUGACUAUGUAGCCAUUGAAUUUUUAAAUUUCCAUGCGUUGUGCCUCUAAAUAUUCCUGUGAACACUAAGACUUUGGAUCCUUCUUUUUGUGUGUAUUUGUUUGUAAUUAUUGUAGGAGUGUGUGGUUUUUUAAAUAUUAGAUUAUGUUA